AUGGCGAGCAAACUCUCCCUGCGCAUGAUGCCCGGCUUGCCAAUGGCGUCACCCAGGUCUUUGUCCAUGCGAGCUUUCUCAACGUGUCGCCGCUCAGCUUUCCCACUUCCAAUCGCCUCCAGACCGUCCUCCUUGGUGCCCCGGCCACUUAUCCAGCAAUCCUUCCGUCGCCACUAUGCCGAUGCUCCCAAAGUCGAGCUUUCCCCAGAACCCAAACCGAAGAAGCGCUUCCGGUUCUUCCUUUGGACAUGGCGCUUGACCUAUCUCUCCGUUCUCGCCGGGCUGGGAUAUGUCUCGUGGCAGAUCUAUGAAGGCCGCAACCCAAAAGAGCAGUUUGACCCUGAUCCAAAUAAAAAGACCCUCGUCAUCCUCGGUACCGGUUGGGGUUCCGUCUCCCUGCUCAAAAACUUGGACACAGAAAACUACAAUGUCGUCGUCGUCUCGCCUCGUAACUACUUCCUCUUCACCCCUCUGCUGCCCUCAUGUACCACCGGCACCAUUGAACAUCGGUCCAUCAUGGAGCCCAUCCGGAACAUUCUCCGACACAAGAAGGCAAAGGUCAAGUACUAUGAAGCCGAAUGCACAAAGAUCGACUACGAGAAGAAGAUUAUCUAUGCCAAGGACGACUCGGAAAUCAAGGGCGACACGAUGGAGACAGAGAUUCCCUUCGACCUGCUUGUCGUGGGCGUCGGAGCAGAAAAUGCCACCUUCGGAAUCCCCGGUGUUCGUGAACAUGCCUGUUUUCUGAAGGAAGUCGGUGAUGCUCAAAAGAUCCGCAAACAAAUCAUGGACUGUGUCGAAACCGCAACUUUCAAGGAUCAGAGCCCCGAAGAGGUCAAGCGUCUUCUCCACAUGGUAGUCGUCGGUGGCGGUCCAACCGGUGUCGAGUUCGCUGGUGAACUGCAGGAUUUCUUUAUGGAAGACUUGCAGAAAUGGGUCCCUCAGAUCAAGGACGAUUUCCAUGUGACUUUGGUCGAAGCUUUGCCCAAUGUACUCCCCAUGUUCAGUAAGCAGCUGAUCGAAUACACCGAGUCAUCCUUCAAGGAAGAGCAUAUCCAGAUCCGCACCAAGACCAUGGUCAAGAACGUUACCAACAAGUACAUUGAGGCCGAGGUCCAGAACCCAGACGGUUCGAAAGCCCUGGAGAAGAUUCCUUACGGACUGCUUGUCUGGGCCACUGGUAAUGCUCUGCGUCCCGUGGUCAAGGAUCUCAUGUCUCAAAUCCCUGCUCAAGCCAAAGCCCGCCGCGGUCUCGAAGUCAAUGAAUACCUCGUGGUCAAUGGCACCGAAAACAUCUGGGCUGUCGGAGACUGCGCCGUGGCCAACUACGCACCCACCGCCCAAGUCGCUGCCCAAGAAGGGGCUUUUCUUGCUCGUCUGUUCAACACCAUGGCCAAGACAGACGCCAUUGAGGCCGAACUACGCGAAUUGUCCGCCAAGCAGGCUACGGCGAAUCCGGACGAACGUAAAGUCAUCCUGGAGGAAAUCAACCAGCGCCAGCGCCAGCUCCGUCGCAUCAAGCAGAUCGGCCCAUUCAGCUAUUCGCAUCAAGGAUCACUUGCAUACAUUGGUGCUGAGAAAGCGGUUGCCGACGUGUCUUGGUUCAGCGGGAACAUCGCAAGUGGAGGUACUAUGACGUACCUGUUCUGGAAGAGCGCCUAUUUGAGCAUGUGCUUUAGCACCCGCAACCGUAUCCUUGUCGGCUUUGACUGGGCCAAGGCCAAGUUCUUCGGCAGAGACGUGUCGAGAGAAUAG